GGACGGGAACCUACAUGGCGGGAAGUAAUGAGAGCUUCCUCGUCGCUUGCACCUCAACUCGUAGACUAUCUCCGACUGGGAACGCUGCUAAUGCCGGACAACAGUGGUGGCGAGGUCUCGUCGGAGGGGUUGCACACAUGCGUAUCUGUCAUAUCUCUUUACUCAGACGUCAUAGAGAGCAGUAGAGGAAAUGCUCUAACACGGUGUAAGAUGCAACGUCGAUCAGGAUUUAUCUCAAACUCCAAGAGCGAAGUUCUCCUAGAAUUUAUUCGGCGUUUCGAGUUGAUCUCUGAGAUGCUCUGCGAUCGAGCCCUGGCUAAUCGGAAAUUUAUGCUCCUACUUAUCAUCGAAUUAGCAAAGGCCUGUUGUAAGAUACAAAACUGCAGGAAAGGCCGAGAGAUAAACUACCGCUCCGAUAGUCUUGGGCUAACAAGGGCACAUCGUUUCCAGCUCUCAUGGUCACAUGUGGAUAUACAGCGAUUUAGAUGGUGGCUUGCUGGAUCGAGCAUUCAUGCUCUUCGCCCAGUUGUGUACCUGGCCCUUAUGCAGAAGUUUGGCAACAAGUCAUGGAUUCCAUGGAUAACCUCCUUCUUUAUCGAUGCUCUUUCAGAAGCUCUGUCUACUCACCCAAACUUCCUUUCAAAGCAAACCAUCAAGAAUAUGUCACAUCAGAGCUUUCAAGGUUGUACCGUCGCUGAUGACUCCAACAAACCCAAGUCCUACGGAACGAAGGAAAUGGAUACUUCACGUGAGCCACAAUCGUCUGAGGCAUCUGAAUUGGACCUUCAAGCUGUUGUGGACGAUGAACCAAGAGUAGAGGGAACAAGAAGGGAAAUGAAGGACUUGCACCGGCUGCAGAUGAGGGCUGCAGCAAUCGAGCUCAUACUUCAAAAGGAAAUCCAGAGGCGCCGUGGUCUACUUCUGCUUUACCUCUUCAGGCCUCCAGUGUUCCAGACUCUCCUCGUGCCUCUGAUCAAGCUCCUGCAAAGGCUGACCUCAAGAAUACCAAUUUUGGGUGCUCUGAUAGGAGUUCUCCUCGAGAUGCUGAUGUCUUUGGGAAGAUACUAUUUUUACACAGCUGGUACGUAGACUGCGUCCUUGAUGAGAUUCACUAGAGUUGUAUUGAAAUAUCACAUUCAUAUGAUUCCAUAUCUGAAAAGAUCA